GGCUUUGGUUGACAUCCAGGACGAGCGAGAGCAUCGCUGACGACAUCAGUGUCACGAAAAGGUGUUUUUUUUCUGCAUUCAUUUACAUUACUGACAAGUUUUUUUUAUGUCCUUCCAGUCCUUCUGAGUCCUUGCAUGUUUGUGCACGUCUGCACUAGUCUCCGUGCACAUGGCAUUUGUGUUUGUCUGCAACUGUCGCUGCUUGUCUGUACUACUUGUUUGUACUUGUCUCUGCCGUCCUGCGCACGUUUGCGCCUGGUGAUUGUCUUUUCGUUCACCCGAAACUCAUUUGCAUUCAUUUGCGCUUGUUCAUGCAAUCUAAUUGUGUACAUUUACUCUUUGGCACUUCGUUGCGGCCACUUCGCGUGCUUGUCUUUACGUGUCUCAGGCUGCGCUCGUUUGUAUCCGGCGUCUUCAAGUUGUGAAAUGGGUUCGAUUUGUCGAUUGAUAAUAUUUAUAACUAACUGAUCAUAUGCUCCUUACUUCUCUGCUGAUAUUAGUGCAUGUCUACACUCGUCUGC